AGUUCGUAUUUACUUGUCAACACGUGCUCAUGCGAUUUUCAUGCGGUGUUUAUGAUUUGAGGUUAUAUUUUAGGCAUGCAGAGGAAAGUCUAAGCGACAGAUCAGUUUUCAUAUUAAUUGGUUUAUUUUGCAUUAAUAUUGAACCGAUAGUUUAUUCAUUUUAACAAAAUGGGUCGCAGUAAAAAGGGACGAUGUGUGAAACGAAAUAAACAGUUAGAAUUGGUAGAAAAAGAUGAGUUGGUCAAAGCACCUCAUUCCUUUGUUAUUCAUAGAGGAUUACCAGGUGAUCACAUUGUUGAACUAACCAAGGAUUUCCGUAAAGUCAUGGAACCUUUCACUGCAAGUGUAUUGAAGGAGCGUAAAAAAAAUACUAUCAAAGAUUUUGUCUCUAUUGCCAGUGUUUUACAUGUUACACAUAUGUCCAUAUUCACACGAACUGAACUUGGAAUGUAUCUUAAGCUUUGCAGGAUACCAAGAGGUCCAACCCUUACUUUUAAAGUUAAAAACUUCACCUUGGCACGUGAUGUGGUAUCUACAACAAAAAAGCAACUUGUAUUUGAAGAAGCUUUUAAACAUUCACCUCUUAUUAUUUUAAAUAAAUUCAGUGGAGAAGGAAUGCAAAUGAAGUUAAUGGCUUCAAUGUUCCAAAAUAUGUUCCCAACGAUCAACUUAGCUACUGUAAAUUUAAGUAAUCUUCGUCGCUGCGUCUGUUUAAAUUAUGAUCCAGAGACAAAGUUGAUAGAUUUCAGACAUUAUGCUAUCAAAGUUGUUCCUGUUGGUUUAUCAAGAAGUGUAAAAAAAUUAGUUCAAGCCAAAAUACCAAAUUUAUCACGUUGUGAAGAUUUUGGUGACUUUAUGACAAAACCAACAAUGUCAGAAAGUGAAGCUGAAGAUGACCCUGCUAGUCACGUUACAUUGCCCCAAAAAUUGUCUUCCAGAGGAAAUCACGAAAAAAGCACAAGUGCAAUUAGAUUAUAUGAACUUGGACCCAGACUCACAUUACAGCUAAUUAAAGUUGAAGAUGGACUUAUGGAAGGUGAAGUACUUUACCAUGAGCUUGUUAGUAAAACUGAUGAGGAAAAGCUAUUAAUACAGAAGAAACGAGAGCAGAAGAAAAAAUUGAAAGAGAAGAGGAAAAAGAUACAAGAUGAAAAUAAGAGCAAAAAAGAUGCUACAAAGCAAGAACUUAAAGAAAAAUCACUCAAAGGUAUAGAGAAGAAAAAAGAAAGUGACAUCCUUAUGCAAAAAAUAAAUAAAGAAUCACAAGAGAUAAACAAAUCAGAUGACGACGAUGAUGCACAGUAUUACAGGGAUGAAGUUGGUGAAGAACCAGAUCAAGAUCUUUUCCAAGGAAAUGCCAAUAACAAGAGGCCACGAGCAUAUGUACCAAGAUAUAAAACAAAAAAGAUGAAAACUGGAAAUGAAAAACCUAAAGCAGCAAAAGGAGGAUUUGACAAAACAAAAAGACGAGAAUUUAAAAAAAAAUAAUGUAAUAACUUUUUCGUAAUUUUACACACUUAUGUUAGUCACUCAAUUUUCAACUGUACAUAUACAUAAAAAUUAUAUUAUGUAAAAGAACUUUUUUUAUAAGUUAUACAAAAAUGCUAUAUUUUUUUAGCAACAUUCUGUCAUUUCAGUACGUGAUGUGAUAUACUUGUUAUCGAAUAAAAUAUGUCUAUAAAAACU